UACUUGGUUAUUCCAGUGCUUGUACGAGCACGGUCUAUGUCGGCUAAUUGAUUUGUUUUCAUCAAUCUGCUUCUUCGUCCAAAGAGAAGAAAGUUCCAACAAGCAAAACAGUAAGCUGCGAGUUCUAAGAUGAGAGGCGUUCUGGUAUUUCUUGUUUGUGUCACCAGCCUCGCUGUCGCUCAACAGUCGAUCACUGAACAACCGUUGGUCACUGCUCCAAUUGGGAAAAUUCGUGGGUCUAUUUUGACCUCUAGACUCGGAAGAGAAAUUUAUUCGUUCCGUGGUAUAAGAUAUGGCGAACCACCUGUUGGAUCCCAACGUUUCCAGCCUCCAAUCCCAGCGAAAGAUUGGCAAAACGUUUUCGACGCAACCGAAGAAGGACCCAGUUGUCCCCAUGCUAAUGGCAUACAACAAUCAGAAGAUUGUCUACGUCUAAACGUGUACACCACCAAACUACCCUGUAGAAACGAAGAUGUAUCGAGACCAGUAAUGAUCUUCAUACAUCCAGGUGGCUUUAACGGUUUCUCAGGACAAAGUAUAAACUUCGGGCCACAGUAUCUGUUGGAUAAAGAUAUCGUUUUGGUUACAAUUAAUUAUCGUCUCGGGACGUUAGGUUUCUUGAAUACUGGUGACAGUGCAGCACCAGGUAACAUGGGUCUAAAGGACCAAGUCGCAGCUUUCCAUUGGGUUCAAAGAAACAUAGCUGCUUUUGGUGGCAAUCCAAACUCCGUCACUCUAUGCGGUUAUAGCGCAGGAAGUUUCAGUAUUAUGUUGCAUUUGGUGUCUCCAAUGUCACGCAAUCUUUUUCACAGAGCUAUCGCGAUGAGUUCUUCGGCUAUAAAACUAAACGUUUAUUCCGGAAUAUCGCAACAUGGACAAAUGCAGCUAGCUCAAAGACAGGCACGAUUAUUGGAUUGCCCUACUGAUUCGACCAGUGCUAUGGUGCGCUGUUUCCGCUCAAAACCUACAGAAAACUUUACAGACACAUUACGCGACUUAUAUGAUUGGCGUGGAAAUCCCAUUGUGCUCUGGUCACCAGCUGUGGAACCGGCAGUUCCUGGUGUCGAAAGGUUCCUGUCUGAACAGCCGUACGACGCGAUAAAGCAAGGAAGAUUCUAUCAAGUUCCUUUAAUGAUGGGAGUUACGGAAGACGAAUUUGGCGGUAUAGCUGCUUUGUAUGAAAAUGCCACAUUAAGAGGUAAUUCUCUGUACCCUGAGUUGAACGAUAAUUGGAAUACUCUGGCUCCGAUCAUAUUUAUGUACGAACGUAAUACGUCGCGAUCGAAUUACAUUAGUAGGGAUUUACGGAAAUUCUAUUUCAACGAUCAGCCUCUUAGCUCGGCUAGCUACAGAAAGCUCGGUGAUAUAUAUGGUGAUGCUAUAACUAAAUUUCCUAUGUACCGGGCAAUCAAGUUAUUCGCUACGUAUUCGAAAUUGCCGGUAUACUUUUAUAAAUUUUCGUUCCAAGGACGAUACAGCUUUUAUAUGUUGAACGCCACUACACCAUAUGGUGUAUGUCAUCAUGACGAUCUGCAGUAUCUCUUCUUCAUAAAGAGCCGUUUCCCAUACUUCAACAGCGACGCACCAGAGAUCCCUAUGGUGGAAAUUUCUACCAGCAUAUGGUCGAACUUUGUUAUAAAUGGCGAACCGAUCCGUAAGCACGAUGGUCAACUCAGGAAUGUAAGAUGGGGUAGAUUGGUACCCGAGCAUAGCAAUUUCCUUGAGCUGAAUCUUCAUCCAUCGAUCAAAACUGAGUUCUUUCCUGAAAGAAUGCGAGAAUGGGAAAGAUUGUUCCCUGCACCCUAAAUCUCAAAUGCGAUGAACAUUACGCGAGUGUAAAAUCAAUGGCUAUUAUUAUUUUUCUCAAUCAAAUUAGAAUGUGUAAAUGAAAUAUGAGAAAUAUCUUAUUAUUUCUUAAUAGCAUUGCUGUAUAUAAUUUAAUACAAAUUAUUCGUACAGAAGGUUUAACGAAUUCAAAGCGUUUUAAUGACAGAAAAUUCGCAGCUUUUAGAUACAUAGGUCAAAAAUAUACGUUUAUGUGAACUUCAAAUUUUCAUUAACAGCCGAGUAUUUUUUUUUCCUUUCCUUUUGAUAAUUUGGAAGAUACGAAUCGUGAAACCCUGUUGCGAUAAUCUGAACAUAACUAUUUGUUUGUCGAGGCGUAUUCGCUAUCGUCUGUUUGAUUUUUCAUGCUAUGAGUGUUGAGUUCACAACAUUUGUAACACUGAUUUUUUGCAACGAUAUAUUUAUUAUUAGAGAGACAGUCCGACAUUUACAUAAUAUAGCGAUUACUAUAAUAAAAAUGCAUGCAAUUAAAAGAUAAAAAUAUUCAUAAAUACAAUAUGUUAAUCGAGAAAUAUUAUGGUUGGCUUGAUUGACUAAUAAAAGGUGUCACUGUGUGGAAGUUUA